GGCUGGCACUUGUAUAGCUAAUGCAGAUGCAACUAAAAAAUCGUCAAUAGAAUUGAAGAAUAUUGGGCAUCAUAUUCAGAUGGAAGAAAUCCAUUGUUUUCUACAAGAAGAAUGGCCACUUCUUCAUGAUGUUUAA